AUGUCUGGAUGGACAGUGCCACUUUCGUCAAGCCCUUUGGCACCUUCUACACCGGGAUCAGAUAAACGACAUACCAGCUACUUCUCAAAUAGCUAUGCCUCAAACCCCUCCACCACACCCGCUGGUCGCCCCCCAUCUUCAAUCGGCUCCUUUACACCUGCGGAUCCUCCCCCUUCCUCAAUCUUUGGUAGCUCUCAGCUAGGUUCUGGGAAAACACUGUUCAAGAAGAAGCCCUCCCCUGGCAUGAAUACGGGCUCGCGAAGAAGUGUAAAUAUUGUGUCGUCCAACUCAAUCGAUGAAAGCAAGUUGGCUCGGUACCUGGACAAAAGCGGCCGAUUUGAUCUCGGAAGCAGCAACAGUCCACCGUCAAGGAACACUUUUGGUGUGCCGAGCAGCAGCCCACCAUCGAGGCUCGCACACGAUAGUGAUCAAGACGAGGAAUAUGAGACUGAGUCGUUCGACGAGGACGAAGAUGCCGAAGGCUCAGAAGCAGGGGACAGAACUGUGGACGUGAGCAUGGGUGCCGACGAUCGACUUCCCAAACGUGGCUCAAUCCCCAAACCUUUGGCGAAUGGGUCAUUCGCGAAUGGAGAUUCGCUAGACCUUGGCUCUUCCAUAUUGGACGGGACUCCCCGAGGAAUGAAGAGAUCCCGUGGUGGUGCUAUGAUACCUUAUGCCCCACCUCGAAGCGCGAGGAAGCAUCGAAAGCCAAUGCAGGACUCAGCUGUUCCAGGAAUUGCGAAAAACAUGGCCACAAGAAUGGGCCUCGCCAAACUCAGCGAGACAGAUGACUUUAUUAGUAAAACGGAAGAAAUCCUUCAAGAGGAAUUGUAUGGGACGGAAACUUCAGGUACCACGCCCGAACAAGCUCUGAAAGCAGCACUACCCAACGCCUCUGAGACAUUGAGCCAAUUCUGGAGGUCAUACCGUGAUCACGAUAUAGCAAAUGCGCCUCCCAUGCAAGAUGUCACUAUAGGCAUAGGGCCGGCCGAGAGUGAGCCUGCACUACACAAAUCUAUCUUUCUAGCCGCCCUACUUCUACAGCUCCGACACCCACCUACUGCCAAAGGGAAGCAAGCUUUGGCCGUCACUCGUCCCAAUCGAUCUUCCACUCUCUCAAAGUCUUCUAGAGAUUCGCCAACGCCGGCAAACCCUACAGCCUUUCCGAAAAUACUCAUUGAUUGGAUGGAGAAGGAGCAUAAUGCAUACCGAUCUACCAUCAACGAAGUCCAGUCGUUGCAUCCAAACCCUACCGCUCAUUCCAAUUACUGGGACAUCGUCCAUGUUUGUAUAAUGCGCGGGAAGCUUGGUGAAGCUGUGCGGAUACUGAGAAGAUCGAACUUCCAUCAUGCUAGAACAGCUAGGGAAGACGGUCAGGGUGACGAAGGCUACAAUGGCAUGCAGGUCAAAAAUAUCGAGCGAGUUGUUAAUAGAGCCAUUCAAGUCCUGGAGCUGUGCCCAGCCGUGCAAGAUGACGAUUGGAAUGUCACAGGGAACGAAUGGAUCAUUUUCCGAAAGCGCGUUCAACAAGCAAUGGAGGAUCUUGCCACAUUCGCCGAGACUCGGGACCGAGAUUUGGAUUCUUCACACUCUACCUUCGAACCCUCAAAUUUUGGACUCCUGAGUACGACGAUGAGUCUCACCCAAUCUACGCGGAGAGCUGAAAGUAGAGUGCCCUGGACUGUCUACCAGGAGUUGAAGAUCAUGUACGGGAUCUUGCUUGGGGAAGCCACAGAGAUCCUCUCCUCUGCACAAGACUGGGUGGAGGCAACCGUAGGUUUGACGAUCUGGUGGAACGGUGACGACGACGAAGAUAUAGCUGUCACUAGCCUAGCCCAGACUCGACGUUCACUCAGACCGUCUCAAUCACGAGGGUCUCGCCUUGUAGACGUCAAUGCGAAUCCUGCAUACCUGCGCCGAUUAGCCUACGCUUUUGCAUGGUCGACUGACGAAAGGGACGACGAUUUGUUCCAGAUCAACUCAAUGAACCCUAUUGAAGUUGGCUUGGCAUCGCUCUUCGAAGGUAACGUCGCAGGUGUGAUAGGUCUUCUACGAGGGUGGUCCCUUCCCGUCGUUUCCGCAGUCGCAGAGAUCGCAAGCAUAGGUGGCUGGUUUGAGACUUCAGUAGCGAACAACCUGAUGGAGUUGGACCUCGAUGAGGAUGACCGUUCGUUGCUCAAUGGACAGGGUAUACAAGGGCCGCCGAUGACUAGGGACACGAUCUUGAUGGAAUAUGCAAACGCUCUGUCUAAGAAGGCAGAGAUUCAGCGAAAUCAUGGAAAGACCGCGUACGAAGGGUGGGAGCUCUCCAUAACAUUGCUUUCUCGCUUGGACGACGACAGCGUGGCCCGAAAGAGAGUUGGCGAGCUGUUAAAUCGACUGGAUCUUAACUCUGAUUCGCGAAUAAACAAGAUCCUAGAGACUUGCCAAGACUUCAACAUGGUCAAGGAAGCCCGAAGUAUCACAGAGAGGUACGCUGAUAAUAUCGCCGAAAGUUCGGAGAAUUAUGGCACAGCUCUCAUUUACUACGCACGGGCUCAUCACCACAAAAAGGUCAAAGAUGUCCUGGACUUGCUAAUAUCUCUGUCCUUGGUCCAGUCGAUUGCUUUCCCUCCAUUAUCAGCGCUUGACGAAAACCUCCACGCGCUUCUAUUUACACCGGAACAAAGUGUUGGGCAGCUCGCCCUCAUGGAUCCAAAAGCCGCAGAGAUGCUCCAUACUUACCUCACAGGCUAUGCGACUCUGCGCAAGUUCUAUGAUCUGCGAGAUGAGGAAAUCAAUCUAGAAGAGGGUCAGAAACCGACGGCGAGACCCAACGCACGGAAGAGAGCAGCUGCCACAGCACUGCUUGCCGUGAUCAACAGUGCUGCAGAUAAUAUCCAGGGCGGACUAUUCGAUGAGCAUCGGGGCUCAGUUGUGCAAGUCGAUGGACUGCUAUCACUGCUGGGCGAAGCCUUGGUCUUUGUCAAUCAGGCUAAAAGUGUACUCUCUCUUUCCCAAUGCUUUGCCCUUCUGAAAGCAAUCGAAGACCUCCAGACCAUCACUCCCCGCGUCUACGCGCAAUGCGAAGAAUGCUUCCGCUCUACUCUUGACGCAUACCAAGGACGCCGUGCACCAGCAUCAUCACGGGAACUUCUCAAGAAGACCAUGAGCAGUAUGAGCAGUAGCUUCUCUUUAGUGGGAAGUUCGAUGCUAGACUUCGAAUCGAGCAAUGGCAUCGGCAGCGGUAGAGCGCUCGUCAAGCCCCAGGAGGACAGAAAGAGAGGCUGGGAUUGGAGGAAGGGUUUGGCCGAGGAUGCAAAGGGCGAGGACGUGCUGAGGAUCCUCCGUUUGGGCCUGGCGAAAGAUAUCGCUCGGCAUUGGAUCAGCGAGGGAAGUUGA